CGUGAAGCUGAAUGUUUCGUCACUAGUUCGUGUGGGAGUUGAAGCUGGAGCUGUGUUUCAGUUUAAUUUCUGGUUCGGUUCGAUUUCGGUUUGUGAGUUAAUUUUUACCCCUUCCGACGACACGUUUUGGUACGGUGAACAUCGCUGCACAUCUGCUGGCAUUUUUUGAAAAGGCGACUGUAAUACACCGCAUCUUCAGUAGAAAUGAGCGUGGAGGCGUACGGGCCGAGCUCACAGACUCUCACCUUCCUGGACACGGAGGAAGCGGAGCUGCUGGGAGCUGACACGCAGGGCUCGGAGUUCGAGUUUACUGACUUCACUCUGCCGAGUCAGACCCAGACCCAGGGGCAAACUCAGAGCCAGUUGGACAAUCAGGUUAAUGGUCCUGAUGGAGUUCUGCAGAAUGGGGCAGUUGAUGAUGCAGCUAAAGCAAGCCAACUUCUUGCUGAACUGAAUUUUGAAGAAGAUGAGGAGGAUACUUAUUACACCAAGGACCUUCCAGUGCAUGCCUGCAGCUACUGUGGAAUACAUGACCCAGCCUGUGUGGUUUACUGCAAUACCAGUAAGAAGUGGUUCUGUAAUGGACGAGGAAAUACUUCAGGCAGCCACAUUGUGAACCACCUUGUCAGAGCGAAAUGUAAAGAAGUAACUCUGCAUAAAGAUGGGCCGCUUGGAGAGACUGUCUUGGAGUGUUACAACUGUGGGUGUCGCAACGUUUUUCUUUUGGGCUUCAUCCCUGCCAAGGCUGAUUCUGUUGUUGUACUACUGUGCAGACAGCCUUGUGCCAGUCAAAGCAGCCUGAAGGAUAUCAACUGGGACAGUUCUCAGUGGCAGCCCCUGAUCCAAGACCGCUGCUUCCUUUCCUGGCUGGUAAAGAUUCCUUCUGAGCAGGAGCAGCUGAGAGCGAGGCAGAUCACAGCUCAGCAGAUCAACAAACUGGAGGAGCUCUGGAAGGAAAACCCUUCAGCCACUCUUGAGGAUCUGGAGAAACCUGGAGUGGAUGAGGAGCCACAGCAUGUUCUACUCCGCUAUGAAGAUGCCUAUCAGUACCAGAACAUCUUCGGACCACUUGUCAAGCUGGAGGCUGACUAUGAUAAGAAACUCAAGGAAUCUCAGACACAGGAUAAUAUAACUGUGAGGUGGGACCUGGGUCUCAACAAAAAGCGAAUUGCCAACUUCUCUUUGCCCAAGACUGACUCAGGUGACAUGCGUUUAAUGCAAGGAGAUGAGAUUUGUCUGAGGUACAAAGGAGACCUGGCUCCCUUAUGGAAAGGAAUUGGACAUGUCAUCAAAGUUCCAGACAAUUAUGGAGAUGAAAUUGCUAUUGAGUUGAGAAGCAGCGUUGGUGCCCCCGUCGAAGUUCCUCACAAUUUCCAGGUCGACUUUGUUUGGAAAUCAACUUCCUUUGACAGGAUGCAAAGUGCUCUGAAGACCUUUGCAGUGGAUGAGACCUCUGUGUCUGGAUACAUUUACCAUAAACUGCUGGGGCACGAAGUGGAAGAUGUCAUCAUAAAGUGUCAGCUGCCGAAGCGCUUCACUGCCCAUGGGCUCCCUGACCUUAACCAUUCUCAGGUUUAUGCAGUGAAGACUGUGCUUCAGCGUCCUCUCAGCCUUAUUCAGGGCCCCCCAGGGACAGGAAAAACUGUUACAUCUGCUACCAUUGUGUACCAUCUGGCCAGGCAGGGCAAUGGACCAGUGCUCGUGUGUGCUCCAAGUAACAUUGCUGUGGAUCAGCUGACGGAGAAAAUUCACCAGACUGGACUUAAAGUUGUAAGGCUUUGUGCUAAGAGCAGGGAAGCCAUUGAUUCUCCUGUAUCUUUCUUGGCAUUGCACAACCAGAUCCGUAACAUGGAUAGUAUGCCUGAACUUCAGAAGUUGCAACAGCUGAAAGAUGAAACUGGGGAAUUGUCCUCUGCAGAUGAGAAGCGCUAUCGAGCAUUGAAGCGCACAGCUGAAAGGGAGCUACUGAUGAAUGCUGAUGUGAUCUGUUGCACCUGUGUUGGAGCCGGGGACCCACGUUUAGCUAAAAUGCAAUUCCGCUCAAUUCUGAUUGAUGAGAGUACCCAAGCUACUGAACCUGAAUGCAUGGUGCCUGUGGUGUUGGGAGCAAAACAGUUGAUCCUUGUUGGUGAUCAUUGCCAGCUAGGUCCUGUUGUCAUGUGUAAGAAAGCAGCCAAAGCAGGCCUGUCCCAGUCUCUGUUUGAACGGCUGGUGGUGCUGGGGAUCCGUCCCAUUCGUUUGCAAGUACAGUACCGUAUGCACCCAGCACUCAGCGCCUUUCCAUCCAACAUCUUCUAUGAGGGUUCCCUUCAGAACGGAGUCACUGCAGCUGACCGCAUUAAGAAGGGGUUUGACUUCCAAUGGCCACAGCCAGACAAGCCCAUGUUCUUCUAUGUAACUCAAGGACAGGAAGAAAUUGCAAGCUCAGGAACUUCCUACUUGAACAGAACUGAGGCUGCUAAUGUGGAAAAGAUCACCACAAAGCUUCUGAAAGCAGGAGCCAAACCUGACCAGAUUGGAAUUAUUACGCCCUAUGAGGGUCAGCGCUCUUACUUGGUGCAAUACAUGCAGUUCAGUGGCUCUCUGCACACUAAACUUUAUCAGGAGGUUGAGAUUGCCAGUGUCGAUGCUUUCCAAGGACGUGAAAAAGACUUCAUCAUUCUGUCUUGUGUCAGAGCUAAUGAACAUCAGGGUAUAGGAUUCUUAAAUGAUCCCAGACGUCUCAAUGUGGCUCUUACUAGGGCAAGGUAUGGUGUGAUUAUUGUUGGCAACCCCAAGGCUUUGUCCAAGCAGCCUCUCUGGAACCACCUUCUGAACUAUUACAAGGAGCAGAAGGUCCUGGUUGAGGGACCGCUGAACAAUCUGCGAGAGAGCCUCAUGCAGUUCAGCAAGCCUCGCAAGCUGGUUAAUACUAUAAAUCCAGGAGCACGAUUUAUGAGUACAGCUAUGUAUGAUGCCAGGGAAGCACUCAUCCCAGGAUCGGUGUACGACCGGAGCAACCAGGGGCGCCCUUCGAAUAUGUACUUUCAGACCCACGAUCAGAUCGGAAUGAUUGGUGCUGGUCCCAGCCAUGUUGCUGCAAUGAACAUUCCCAUCCCCUUCAAUCUCAUGAUGCCACCCAUACCUCCCCCAGGAUACUUCGGCCAGGCUAAUGGCCCAGCAGCAGGCAGGGGGGCACUAAAGGGGAAGGCUGGCCGCGGAGGACGCCAGAGAAAUCGUGGCAUCGUCAAUCAGGGAAAUAGCCAGUGCAACCUGCCUAACAGCCAGGCCAGUCAGGACGCUGCGUCCCAGCCGUUUUCACAGGGGCCGCUGACUCAGGGCUACAUCUCUAUGAGCCAGCCAUCUCAAAUGAGCCAGCCAGGCCUUUCUCAGCCAGAACUGUCACAGGACAGUUAUUUGGGUGAUGAAUUCAAGUCCCAGAUUGAUGUGGCGUUAUCACAGGAUUCUACUUACCAGGGUGAACGUGCUUACCAACAUGGCGGGGUGACUGGACUGUCACAGUACUAGAGUGUUGUGAGAAGAGGAGCUAAGCUUGAAAUGAGCUUAGUUCAUCAGCAUUUUAAUCUGGGAAAUAAAAAAAACAAAAAAGGAUACCUGUUUUCCACUGCUACAACUGAAGCACCACUGUGUGAAAGCAACAGGAGAGAGAAACCAACCAAUCACGAGAGAGAGGAGAAAGACGGAUGGACGGAGGGACGGACAGACAGAAAAGGAGAGUGAGAGAAAGAUCACUGCUAGCACACUCAAGACACGGAGAAGGAAAGGAAGAAACACUGGGUGUGUGGUAGCGCCUGUCGCGGAAGGCAGGGGACCUGGUCUUCAGUCCUAAACAAAGUUCCUCCUUAUGAAUCAAGCUCCCCAAGAAUGACUGAUUGUCUGAGGACCUUACUCUACUGGCAAAGAGUGAGAGAGAGAGGGAAGGGCCUCAAGCAAUUGAUAAGCUCAUUCUUAAAUCUCCGUUAUUACAUGGACCAGGGGAAGUGUUUAAGCACUCAAAGAAAAUUUUUACCUCAAAGUUGAUCUGUUUACACAAGGCAUCACUUUCAGUCGACACCGUACUGAAAAAUGUGGCAGCGAAACCAACUUUAAAAGCAGGAGAAAUACGUAUCUGUUAUCUUGUAAUCCGUAACAACUACGCAGUAAAAAAAAAAUCCCUGGGUUCAACUUUGAGUUGCAAAGUUUUCUGUUUUAAGUCUGAUAAGAAAUUCUUGAUCUACAUGCUUUUGAAGCAUUUGAAUUUCACUUGCUUUCUAAAUCAGGUCUUUCAUAAGGUGGUUUACUAAGUUUGAGGUUAAUGCACUGGAUUUAUAAUGAGGUUAGUCUUUUGAGAUCUUAGCCGUGAACCUGAAAGAUCUAUAGUCAUGAGACAAUUUCCAAAGUCAAACGUUCUUCUUGUAGAAAACCAGCAUUGAAGAGAACUAACUUGGUGUAAUUUGAAGUUGCAGCAACGACGUAUUGAUCUUCUUAAUGAAGGAAAGCAGUAAAUAAUAAUGUGGCCUUUGCGCUGCCAAUGGAGGAGGGUUUUCAAUGUUUUAAAUGCUCUGUACGCUUUAAACUGCUACUGUCCGAACUCUAAAAAGGGGGUUGAUUUUUUUUAAACGAUGCCUUCGGCUGCAAGGAUAAACCUGCUUUCAGUGUCUCCAUUUACACAAGGAGCAGUUGACAGGGAGCUCAUGUAUACUGAAGGAGUCAUACAGCUUAAGUUAAGCAGGUAAAUGAGGAUUCAGUAGAAAAAUAAACUAAGGAAGGUGGCUGAAUGUAGUUUAAACCCAAUAAGGCUUUAUUAGAGAAUAGAUGCCCUAACUGUGCAUACCUUUUAUCUUGCAAGGAAAUUUGGAAGUAUUUCCAGAAGUGUACAUAAAAAUAUAUAGCUAAUGCACAAACCAUUACAGUGCAACAUGGUGGCAUAUUGGAAGCACGAAAACUGAAAUAUUUUAACGUACAGUAAGAAUAAUUAUGAAUGUUCGUGUUCCCAAUCCUUAACAAGUGGAAAGUGUACAUUUAAUUUUAUUUGACCAAAUAUUGAACUUUCAGCAGUAAAGUUAAGAUAGUAUUCCCAUAAUUUCCUGAAAUGAGUGAUGAUUCAAUUUAGAUACAAAUAAAGGGUUAUUAAAUUAGCAGCAUCCAUGUAGAACUUGUGGAGAGCAAAUUAUGCAAGUGUAUACAGCACCAUAAAAUAACAGAAGUAAACCUACUCCAGUUUAAAAUAAAAUAAAAAAAGAUUAGAUUUGCCAUUUUCCUUUUGGAAUAAUUGCAGGUAGUUUCUGAAUAAGAGGAAGGUGGAGGGAGGAGUUAUCAGCUGGUGCCUAUUCCUGUACUGUUUUAUGGAAAUGUUUUCAGAUGAAGAUCAAAUAAUUAAGAUCGGUAACCAAAACUGCACCAGCUGAUUCUACACCCUACUUCUACUCUACAGUUUUCUGUAGCUACGAGAGACACCAGUUUAACUGAGGAAUUGCCCUUCAUUUUUUCUUUCGCCUGGUUAAUUUAGUUGUGUGCUUAUGUCAGAAGAACAGAGAGAUGCAAGCCACCUUCCUUCUGUAAAAUGAGUUGCCAUAAUAAAAAAAAUAAAAAAAGUUGAAAUACGGACUUGCCGAAGGGCUUUACUUUCAUUAAUUACAUUUUUUGUUUUGCUUUUUGGUUGUUGAUCUAGGCUGUAUUCUAGAAGUAGAGGCUUUCACCCUUUGAAGUGUGAUUGCGUGCUGUAACCCCCUCCCCUUUUCACUGGUUGGAAUGAUUGCUUCUUUGUGCUGUUAUUUUAUUAACAUUUUUUGUUUUUGUAGCAACAGCAAGUGAUUCCGUUUUAUUAUCCAUGGAGAUCAAUGCAUGUAUUAUGUCUGAUUAUUAAAUGAAAAGUACUUUUUGAUUUUCGUCCAAGUUGUUUUAAAUGUCUUUAAUAAACUAUCCUAAGUAGCUUCUGCAAUACAGAAGAUGUGUCUUUUGUCAAUGUGUUGAUGUUUUCCAUGGUUUCUUUGUUUCUUGUGAGAUUGUUAUCUUACCAAGAAAUGCAUACAUCAAAUUAAACUAUUAUCUGUGGCCAUUGUACAGGUUCAGUGCGCAUAAACAAUGAACUGGGUUUUGCAAACAGUUUUCAUUUAACUUAAACCUAUCUAAAAUGAAAGCACUCCAAAAAAAUGUUUUUAAAUGUUUAAAAAGGCUUUUUAACGCAGCAGAAUUAGCUUCUUGUUUGGCAGCCCACCAUUUUGUUUUUUUUUUUAAGCGCCAUUUAUUUUUAUAAAUCAGUUACAUGUUUGUUUUUUUUUUGUUUUUUUUUAAAAAACAAAAAAAUAACAACUUUACUAUGAAGUGAUUGGCAGUUUAAAA